UCAUCAUGAUAAAAUUGUGACAUAAAAUUACGUUUGUUUUCAAAUGUCAUUGGAAAUUUCACAUCACACUCGCAACACAAUUGUGGCAACUUUUAUUCGUUGCAUGCAAUUUCCAUGUCGCUUCAUGAAUUUUAUCUAUUGCGAUUAAAAUUGUUCGAUAAGUGUGCAGCGAAUUGUAGCUGCUUCCCGACAAUUCGAACCACCUACACCAAUAACAAAUUCUAAUAUAAAUUGUGCAGCAAAUCGCUUCAAUGGUUGCAUUCAGCAAAUAACUUUGUAAGCGCUCUAACCGCAGUCGCAUUCAACUAAGUAAAAUUAUUCAUCAAUAUUGCUACAUUUUAUUGCCGCAACAAUGAAAGCGUACGCGAAUUUGUGCAUUGUCAUCGCCAUGAUUUCGAUUAUUGCCUCUUUCGGAGCCGAAGGAUAUGGCAUGCGUGGCGGCGCACGCGGUUUGCGGCCGGAUGAGGUGCAGGAGGAGGUACCGCAAGAACUUAACCCAAGAGCACGACGCGCUGCAGUAGACGAGGCACCCGAGGAUGUGCCACAGGAGUUCAGGGAGAGAUACCGUCGAGCUGUUCCAAAAGCUGUAGAUGAAGCGCCUGAACAGGUACCACAGGAAAUUGAGCAUAAAGAGAGGUUCCGCCGCUCGCCAUCAAAAAUUGCUGAGGAAGCACCAGAAGAAGUGCCAAAAGGCUUGCAUGGCGCCAGGCACCGUCGCUCACCCCAAAUGCCCGUCCCUGACGGCAUGCCUCCAAUGCCACCAAUGCCACCAAUGCCCCAAUAAGGAUUUUACUAAUGAACCAAUGCAAGGGUCCGUCGCCACGUUGCAGAACAUGGACUCCCAUUCAACAUGAUGACACCAUUUUGAAAUCGUUACACGUAUAUUAUUUAACACAACAGAGAUGACAGCCGAAUUAUUUUAUCUUAUCAAACAAAUUUGUAAAAGAAACAAAAUUUACAAUAUUUCUUCAUUGUUAAAGUUUCGAAAAUAAAUACAUAUACUGAUACUGAUGUGACUACUGAGUUUCAA